AGCGACGCUCCGUCUGCGAAACCGGUUCCCAGAAAGUUUUUACUCAAUCCAAGUUUUCGGGCGUGCAAGGGUUCCCACGUUUACAAUGAUACUGCCUGACCUGCUGAGUAUUUCCAGCAUAUUCAGCUUGCAUUAUGUUUGAAAUGGGAGGUAAUAAAAAUCGGAGCAUGAGGAGAAAGGACGGUGUAACUCCCAUGGAUCUGGGAGCAAAGAUGUUGUGGACAUACUCUGGAAUUGUCAUAGCUGCAACCUUGCUGUUACAGGGAGUUGCAGCACAAACAGAUUUAGUCAAAGUGGAUGUCAAAAACUCCUCAGUGACUUUAACCUGCCCUGGUUCAACGGAUGUUAAAUGGUACAGGAGAGGUCAGCUUACUUCUCACAAUCAAGACUACACAGUGCAAGACUUCACCCAUCACAACAAUGGCGCAUACUAUUGUGAAGCUGGCUCUUCCAAGUACAACUUUUACAUUCGAGUCAAAGUUUGUCGUGACUGCAUUGAACUCAGCACAGGGAUGGUCAUUGGUAUCAUCUGUGGCGAUCUACUUUUCACACUCCUGGUGGCAGGGCUUGUCUACUGGUUUGCCAAGCGAAAAGGAGCAGCCUCCAAAGAUUUCCGGCCAUUUGAACCUGAUGUCUUUCCACCGAGUCGUCCACCACACAUGAGUGCAGCACAUCAAACCGAAUAUGCGCCAAUCAAAAGUGGACAACGAGAGGUUUAUGACAAAUUGCAAAGACGUUGAUUGCGAAGACAAUUAAAGAAAUGGACUCUCCUUUCCUCUGCUUCUCUUGCUGUCUCCAUCCUUCCUCAAUGCCCUUGUACACUCCCAAUGCCUUCCUGGCCUCAGCCUCUCUGUCCCUCUGUUCUUGUUCAUACCCAGCCCCAAAUCUCUGUCCAUCCUUGUUUUCUCAUCAUCUAAUCUGUCUAAUUCCAGCACCUGGAUCUUUUAUUUGCCCUGUUUUCGAAGAGGCGUGUGUAUAUGUAAUAGCGUUGGAACUGCAUACCUGAAGUGAGCUCCCUGCCACUUGCCCUCUUGUUGCUCCCGUUUUCCCACAAUUAUGCAUGUAGAUUUUGCUGUUAUCCUAAUUUAAAGGGAUGAGUUCCACAGGAGUACACACAGACCCCUGACAACAGAAUCACAUCCACAUCACCAUCUCCUACACUUAGUCCUUCAGUUCCUGGGGUACAUUUCAGCUGUCCCAGUGUCCCUUUGUACACAAGUGCCUGUCUGCAUGACUGUCAAUAAUGGGAGCCUCACUAAUGGUUGUACUUGCUCUCAACAAGUCAGAAUGAUGUGUGACUCUUUAUGUCUCCACAAAUAUGCUGUUACCUUCUCUGAUCUGUGGGGGAAAAAAGUUUCACCAGCUUCCCUGAAGUCCCCCAUCCCUGCCAACAUUCUUGUAAAACUCCUCUGGGCCUCCCUAUGGCUUCAGAAUCUUAUAGUGUGAUGACUGGAAUUGAACACAAUACUCCAGAUGAGGCCUGACCAAUGUUUAACAAUAGUUUCGUAUUACUUCCUUGCUUUUGUGCUCUGUGGCUCUGUUUAUAAAGAAAGGAUACCAUUGUGUUUUAUGUUAAGCAGUCUUUGUUGGAGAAAGAAUAAUGUGCCAUCAGUCUAAGGAUAAUUGAGGCUUCUUUUUGAGAGGGGUCUUGGCUUAGCUAGGUCUCCCAGCCUCAUUGCUUUCACCAUGGGUUCAGCUCGAGCCUCAGCCCAGCUAGAAUCUCUGCCAUUUUUAAACUAGACUUUUGAUAUGUACCCAGCUUCUUAAUGUAAUCUCCAAGCCCCCUAUUUAAGUGUGUUUCUCUAUAGUCAGAUUACACAAAUCAAAUUUGCCAUUCUUUGUAUCAGUGAUAGAGUCACUAAUAGUUGUUUCCUCAAUGUUUCAUAGUUUUAAUAAAGGUAAACGAACAAAUCUG